AAGGGACCAUUUAGGCUAAAAGAAGUUGGUGAAAUCCGGGUUUGCACCAUUCCACACUUCCAAGUACGCAAGAAAUGACUGGGAGAGAGGGGGCAGGUGAUUUCGUCUACCGCAUCAGUCCGUUGGAGGAGUGGGAAUUGCUGCAGAAAACUGGCAGCACUUUUGGGGGGAAGCUUGACCGAACCACUGGCUAUAUACAUCUCAGUAAGCUCGACCAGGUUCAAUCAACUUUGCUGAACUUUUUCCUGAAUGUUAAGGAUGAUUUGUACUUGCUGCAAAUCGAUGCUAAAAAGCUUGGGAAUGGGUUGGUUUACGAAGCUAUCGAUGACGCAAAUGUCUUUCCUCAUUUCUAUGGCCCAUCUCGGAGUUUCAGUCCUCUACCACUAGAUGCAGUCAUUAAAGGGGAGAAGCUAGUUGUCUCAGAGGGCAAAUUUGUAUGCAGCAUGCUCAGUUCAGUGGCUUAAUUCCUUGCAUUUCAGCUUUUGACUGAUGUGUUGGUGUUGCAUUACAUUUAACAGAGUUUUCAUUGUGUUCGCGUGCUACACCGUACUUUGUGAAUCCAAACAGUUGAGGGGCACUAAAUGAGAUUAAUGAUCUCAAAGUAUUGGCUUUAUUUAUGUUUCGUUUUUUCCUU